GGAGCGGUCUGGAGAGGAGGGGAAAGGCCGAUGGGUUCCGCGCGUGGCUCCGCCCUCUUUCCCAGCAGCCUCAUUCCCGGGGGCCCCGAGCGGGGCCUUUUCCACUCCAGGCAUCCUCCGUGAAGCUUUCGAGCCGAGAGGACUCAUCCUGUUCCCGCGAUCCCAGCGCUCUUCCGAGGAGGGAUCGGACAGCAGGAUCGCGAGGAUGACUGAGGCCGAAGUGAACCCCAAAGCUUACCCGUUGGCAGAUGCCCAGCUCACCAAAAAGCUUCUGGACCUGGUACAGCAGUCCUGUAACUACAAGCAGCUGCGGAAGGGCGCCAAUGAAGCCACCAAGACCCUCAACAGAGGCAUCUCAGAGUUCAUCGUGAUGGCCGCCGACGCUGAGCCCCUGGAGAUCAUUCUCCACCUCCCGCUGUUGUGUGAGGACAAGAACGUCCCCUAUGUGUUCGUGCGCUCCAAGCAAGCUCUGGGACGGGCUUGUGGUGUCUCCCGGCCGGUCAUCGCCUGCUCGGUCACCAUCAAGGAGGGCUCCCAGCUGAAGCCCCAGAUUCAGUCCGUCCAGCAGUCAAUCGAGAGACUCUUAGUCUGAGGCUGCCUGUGGCUCAGCUGGGGAUCUGACCGGGGAGGGCUGUGGUCAUGUGGGGUGUGGGCAGAGACUGUUCUCAGGUGACUUUCAAUGUUAAACAUUUUUAUGGCUGUUAGAA